GCCCGCCGCCCGCCCAGGACCAGGGAUCGCGGCUCGCAGCCCGGAUCGUCCGCUCCUCCGCCUCCAGGUUGAAUCUCUCCUUGAUCACUUUUCAACUCCUACUGUUUCAACUCCUACCCUCAAAACGACGCUAUAGAGCACUGCACACCAGAACAACUAGACACAAGAACAGUUUUUUCCCGAAGGCCAUCACUCUGCUAAACAAAUAAUUCCAUCAACACUGUCAGACUAUUUACUGAAUCUGCACUACUAUCAAUCUUCUCAUCGUUCCCAUCACCAAUCUCUUUCCACUUAUGACUGCCUGUGUUCCUGAUGCAAUUCCCAGGAUGGACUUUGACAGCGAGGCCUCCCUGGUCCCUUGCGGGCAAGACAAAUUCAUCUCAAAGAAUGAACUUCUGUUGCACUUGAAGACUUACAACCUAUACUACGAAGGUCAAAACUUGCAACUUCGGCAUCGAGAGGAAGAAGGCGAGUUGAUUGUGGAGGGGUCUCUGAACAUCUCCUGGGGUCUCUGCCGGCCCAUCCGCCUGCAGAUGCAGGACGACAACCAGCGCCUGCGCCCGCCUCCUUCCUCCUCCUCCUGGCACUCCGGCUGCAACCUGGGCGCCCACGGGUCUGUCAUUAAGCCCACGACUUUGCCUGAUAUUCAGGUCACAGAGGCCGAGCCCACAUCCGAAGGGGACGCAACGGAUGAGAAAACAGAGGACAACGAGUUCAAAGCUCAACUAGAAGAGACGCCCCAACUCAUGCGGACACGGAGCGACGUGGGCGUGCGCCGCAGAGGGAACCUUCGCACCCCCAGCGAGCAGCGGCGGAUCAAGCGCCACCGCUUCUCCAUCAACGGGCAUUUCUACAAUCACAAGACAUCCGUGUUCACCCCAGCGUACGGCUCCGUCACGAACGUCCGGAUCAACAGCACCAUGACUACACCACAAGUUCUGAAGCUGCUACUCAACAAAUUUAAGAUUGAAAACUCAGCGGAAGAAUUUGCUUUGUACAUUGUACAUACCAGUGGAGAGAAGCAGAAGCUGAAGGGCACAGAUUACCCACUGAUCGCCCGGAUUCUGCAGGGACCGUGUGAACAGGUUUCCAAGGUUUUUUUGAUGGAGAAGGACCAGGUGGAAGAAGUCACGUAUGAUGUCGCUCAGUAUAUUAAAUUUGAAAUGCCUGUUCUAAAGAGCUUUAUCCAAAAACUUGAAGAAGAGGAAGACCGGGAAGUGAAAAAACUAAAGCACAAGUAUUCGGUGCUGCGUGUAAUGAUUGAGCAGCGGUUAGAAGAAAUCUCUGAAGGCCCAGCAACAAUGUAAAGGCUUGAUUCGAAAGACUGCGGCCUCCUGGGUUCUCCCGGUCCCCAAGCCAGGCGUCCUGGAAACAGACUUCCUAAAGAAGACUCCUUCACUCACUCUUAGGAACAAGGACUGUCUCUUCUUCCAGGAAAGGGACUUGAAUUGGAGCCGCUUUGAACACCAACCAUCUGUGCUCCUUCUUCUUUUAACAACGGUGAACUCGGCGGAGAAUCUGGGAAGACGGGGAGGAGACCUCUCAGCACCAAGUGUUGAAAGCAGGACAUCUCAACGUCUUUUGGAGCUGAGGCUGGUAUUGGAGAACCUGGCCUGCUGGAUGAGAAACCUCCAGAAAUUUCUUCCCCAGAGCAGUUCUUUCCUUCCAAAACCCUUUUAAACCAGGGGUCCCCAACCUUGGCAACUUUAAGACUUGUGGACUUCAACUCCCAGAGUUCCUCAGCCAGCUUUGCUGGCUGAGGGACUCUGGGAGUUGAAGUCCACAAGUCUUAAAGUUGCCAAGGUUGGAGACCCCUGCUGUAAACAAUUAUCCAGGAUUGGGGGAGGGUGGGGAGAAGAGAGAUGCUUAAUGGAAAACUGAGUUUUCCCUUCCCUUGACGUCUGCAGCUUAGCAGUAUUAAAUAUGGACCUUUUGGGGAGUCAAAGUAUUAAAAUGCUUUGAGUUCUUCACUUUGUCCAUCCCUCCUCAUCCAACCAUCCACGUCUGGCCUCUGUGAUCAUCCCCCGCACCUUCCUACCAUGCUCAUUGCCAUGUUCGUAAUGGCUGUGUUGGCACAACUACUCCUGACCUAGACCCAGAAGACUUCUUGGGUCUUCUUCUGAACUCAGCCUUGUCUUCUCUCCCAACUUUCCUACCUUGGUCCCCAAGUUCUCUGAAGCACAACCUCAAGAGAUGAAGUCGUCUGCUCAGCAUAGGAAAUCUGCUCUGGUUCAUCAGUUAAGACUCCCCAGAUGGGCACCGGGCGUAGAGCCUCCAGAAAUCAAAAAUAGCAACAGCAAUAGACUUUUAUACCGCUUCCAGCCCUCUCUAAGCGGUUUACAGAGUCAGUCUCUUGCCCCCAACAAUCUGGCUCCUCAUUUGACCCACCUCGGAAGGAUGGAAGGCUGAGUCAGGAAUACUUCCUUGCCCUUCCUUUUUGCCUCUACCUUUCUCCAAGCAACUUUCUUCUCUUCACAUUAACUUACUAUUCCUCAAUGAUAUGGUACUCGCUUUGUCCCAGGUUUGUGAAUUCCCUGACUGUGGGUGGUGUUGGCUGCUGGCAGCUGGGCUCAGGAACUUUGACCCUUUGCAAGUCCUUUCACGGAGGGGGGGCUUCUGGCAAGACCACCCUGCUCUUCUGCAGCCCUGCUUCUCAUAAAUCCCAAAGCUGUGUGGUGGCAUCUCCGCCCAGAAAGGGCCCAUGCGACCUUGGAGGCCCUUAAGUUCCUGCUGACUUGGAUCAGGCUCUGGUUACUCUCUGCUGCCACAGACUCUGAAAACUGCUAGCAAGGACAACGAAUGUGGAAUGAUAGAUAAGUAAGCAAGCAGGCUCGGUCCUGGCCUUUCAAAAACAUCUCUUCCACCUUAAAUACGACAGAGGGGUUAUUCUCAGGAAUGCCAAAAUUCUGCACAGUGUCUGGCUUUGCACAAAAUUUUGAUCUAGGCUAACAAGUUAGGUUGCUUGUGAGAACCCAGCCACUGUCUUGUGAGUGAAACCAUGGCCUGUUACCGCAAGAUGGUUUAUAUUUGGGGCAUUGCGUGAGACGCGAACCUAAUAAUUCUUUUGACCCGAUGAUUUGGACCAACCUGUGUGAACGUAGAAUGCCAUUUUCCACUGAGUUACAUCAUAGAUUUUUGGUGGCGGUCCUCAGCACUGACAGGCAGCAUCCCUCCAGAGAGCUGGUCUCUUUCAGAUCCACCUGGAGACCCCACCGAUUGACCCUAAGAUCUUCUCUUUGCAAAGCAGAUGUCUUCGGUGUCGGCCAUGCUGGAUGAGACAGAAGAAUGUUGUGGUCCAAUACACUGGAGUGCAUCAAUUUUUAUAAAGGCCGUAUGGAUCACAGGAAAUGGGAGGGGGGGAUUAGAUAGGCAACUCCCAGUAAUUGUUCGUUUAAAAAGAUAGCUGGUUGUAGUUAAAACGAUGAGCUGUAAUAGGUAGCCGAACAACAGAUGCUUUAAAAGCUGUAUUACUCCUUCUCUCCUACUUCUGUAGGACUUUCGCUUUGGUCUUCAUCUGAGUUAGGCUUGCCACCUGACGUGCAUCCCAAGUAAAAGUUGACCAAGAGCAUUAUUUUUAAAGCCCUUUCCCAGGCUUACUCCCAGGCAGGGGUGGUGUCGUGUCCCCCUCCCCCUCCGAUGACCGGGUCUAGGAAGUCUGUAUCAAACGUGACAACGAAGCCUCUGCAGCUUGCCAAAUUCCUUCUAGGUUUAUCAGGGCAGGCAGGAGUCCAAGUUGUGACUUCAGCGAUAGAGUCCGAUAGCAGCAAACUAGAUGAGACUUUGCUUGACUCAAGGUUGGAAUGCCAAAAGCAGGUCCUUUAUAUAGGCUGUGGGGUGUGGCUCCAUGACUCAACAUUUAUCCAGGCCUGCCCCUCCCUUCCUUCUGCUGGCAUCGCCUCUUAGAUCUCCAGAAGCGAGGAUCCUCCCAUUUUGAAUUCUCUUCAGCUGGAUCUGCUGUCAGUAAUUACAGCAUGUGGCUGGCUUCCUGCUCACACGCUGUAGGAGUGAAGUUUAUCAGGCUUCUCUGUUCACUCCUGACAUCCUCUCCGGGCAUGGGGCCAGGUCUGGGGGCUGGAGGCAUGACAGGCUGUUCAUUUUCAUUAUCAGACUUGGAGUCUGAUAACAGGCCCGGGUGGAGACGGGAGGGGCCUGGCUGAGGAGAGGAGGGAGGACAAGGCACAACAGGUGGAAUUCAGGCGGUUCAGACCGGUUUUGGGCGAACCGGAUGUUAAUUUUAAUCUGGUUCACCAAACCGGUUGUUCCAAGGACUGGCUGACCCUGCUCACACUGCCCCUCCCAGGAGUCUCCAGCAGCCUGUUUUGGAUGCGAGGUAAGUGCAGAGGCUGUCCGGAGGCUCUGGGAGGGUGAAAAACAGGCCUACCGGAAGUCCAGAAAUGAGCUGAAGUCCACAAGUCUUAAAGUUGCCAAGGUUGGAGCCCCCUGGUUUGGAAAGUUGCUGGGGAACAACGGAUUGGAGCAAAAGCGGACGAGGGAAGGAGGUCCCUCGCCCUCUUCUUCCCUCUCACCUGCUUUGUGCCAACAAAACUUUUGUUUCUCCUGUUUACAAGGAGCUUCAGUUUGGACAUUUUUGAGGGAAAGAUUCCCGCCUGUGACUUUCCCUGUUUAGACCAGUUCUUCUCAAACUUGCCAACUCUUAAGGACACGUGGACUUUCGACUCCCAGGAAUGGCUGGCUGGGGAAUGCUGGGGAGUUGAAGUCCACAUCUCUUAGAUUUGCCAAGUUUGAGGGGGGGAAAAAAUAGUUUAGACCAGGGGUCUCCAACCUUGGCAGCUUUAAGACUUGUAAACUUCAACUCCCAGAAUCCAGCUUUGCUGGCUGAGGAAUUCUGGGAGUUGAAGUCCACAAGUCUUAAAGCUGCCAAGGUUGGAGACCCCUGGUUUAGACCAUUCCUCUGGAAUGAAUCUCACUGAAAGGGGCGAUUUUUAUUUUUUUUUAAGGACUGCAAUAUUAUUCAAGAGAAAUUUAUCCAAGGGGUGUCUGUGAAAUGUGUGUGUGUAUAAAAAAAAGCACAACGGUGAGGCUUCAAAUUUUUUGUAACUCCACCCUCCUGAAGCCAGGAGACCCUUGCCCAGAUAGUAAAGGCCUGGGAACUGCAUGUCUCUGCUUCUACUAGCUCACCUUCUAAUAUCACUUUACUCCUAAAUUGCACUAGACUAUGGAAACGUUGGAAAAACUCUCAAUCUUUUCUAUCUAUUCCUCUUCUAACUAGCCUCCUCACAUCACCCUACUCUUAAAUUUCACUAGAUCGACUGUGAAACGUCUGGGGGGAAAAACCCCAACAUAGAUAAACUUUGUGAAAUUUAACAGUAGGAUGAUCUAAAACGGGGGUCUCCAACCUUGGUCCCUUUAAGACUUGUGGACUUCAACUCCCAGAGUCCCUCAGCCAGCAAAGCUGGCUGAGGAACUCUGGGAGUUGAAGUCCACAAGUCUUAAAGGGACCAAGGUUGGAGAUCCCGAUCUAAAAUCAUAUAGAUAUAGAUAUAGAUGCCAAAUAUCACAUGCACAGGAAAGUUACAGCAAUAAUUUAUACAGAAAUGUGUCCCCCCCCCUUUUUUUUUUUUGGAGAGAUUUAAGAACAAAACCGCACAACCUGAAUUCAGCAUCUUCCAAGGAAACAAUUUGGAAGUGGGUGACUCCAAAGAUUCCUUCAGGGGCUGAAUAGCACAAAGCUAGUUGUAGCCACAGCUGGAAUCUGUAUGCUCUGCUUCGUCAAAAUGUACACUCGUGUCCUUUGAUUCCUUUAGCUUAGGUCUGGAGAUAAUGUGCAUUGCGCAACGGGGCGAACAUUUUUUCUUUCCUAAUAAAAUAUGUGUUGUCUGGUGUAGGAAGAAACGAUUGCGUCUCAAAUUCUUAAUAAAAUGACAGUUUUGCA